CUGCCUGCCAGACGUCUCUGCCUACUUACGUGGUGAGUGAGUGGGAGAGCAUCCACGCCUUUCCUCUGCUCUGCACCACCACCACCACCAUCACCCGCCAUCGCCACCUCUCGGCACCUCGCUCCCCCCUACACGUCGCGGCAUCUCAUACCUAGCCAGAGCUCCUCACUACUUCGUCCUUCUCCGACGUCAUCUCUUCUCCCGUUCGCGGCUUCAAACACCAAGAGUCACGCGAAAUCUUCUACACGCGCGUUCCUACAACAGCAUUCGACGCCGCGAAUGCCAUAGAGGCCAAUACACCAGCUUCGUCUCGACACACCACAGGAAGAACUGCACCCUCUCCCCGGCGCCUGCACAUAGUGGCUCCCCUCGCCUUGCAACAUCAGACAUGCCUUCUCCGCCCACAUCCAGCUCAAAGAUCCCGGCGGUAGAAAUCUCAAAGACGACGACGCCCUCGAUAGGCGGUCUGGACCAAGAUCAGCUGUCAGACUAUAUACCCGUCUCCGGCGAACUCAGUAGACAGCCCACAGCAAGCGCAAGCGUCAGCAGAGUCCCUUCCAAGGCACCCAGCGCGACGAGCGAAGAUCUGGACGAGGAAGAUGGCGAAGAAGCAGACGCCAGCAUGAGCUACGGCGGUGCGGAUGGAUCGCCAAGCAAGACCGCUCGCCAGAUGGAAAAGGAAAAGGAGAAAUCUCAGAGGGCAGAGGAACGCAAAGUCAAGGGCGAAAAGAAGGCAGCCCAAGUCUCAGACCUCACUUCCACCCGUGAGAAGCAGCAGGCUCGCAAGACGGCAGACUCCAUGAAGAGGUUCAGCUACCUCCUGGGUCAGACCGAGCUCUUCCAGCACUUCAUCGACAUCAAGAAGGACCGCGACCCAGAAUUCGCUAAGCUACUCGAGGAGAGCUCCGCACAGAGUGCAAAGGGCAAGAAGCGAGGAGCUUCCAAUACAGGUGGCUCUCGCAGGAGAAAGACGGAGAAGGAAGAGGACGAAGAGCUGCUCAAAGAGGGCGAUGAAGAAGACGCGCCCUUCACCUUCCACGAGAGCCCACCCUAUGUGAAGGGUGGCGCUAUGCGCGACUAUCAGAUUCAGGGUCUCAAUUGGAUGAUCUCCCUCUACCACAAUGGUAUCAACGGUAUCCUUGCAGACGAGAUGGGACUAGGUAAGACCCUACAGACCAUCUCCUUCUUGGGCUAUCUGCGCGACUACAAAGACACGCCUGGCUACCAUCUGGUCGUCGUGCCCAAGAGCACACUUGACAACUGGCGCAGGGAAUUCGAAAAGUGGGUGCCAGGCUUCCGAGUUGUCGUACUACAAGGUACAAAAGAAGAUCGAGGCGACAUCAUCCAGGACGUCAUCCUGCCGCAGAAGUUCGACGUACUCCUGACCACUUAUGAAAUGUGUCUGCGAGAGAAGGGUUCCCUCAAGAGGCUUUCUUGGGAGUACAUCGUCAUCGACGAAGCUCACCGUAUCAAGAACGUCGACUCCAUGCUGUCGCAGAUCGUCCGAACCUUCUCCUCUCGCAGCCGUCUCCUCAUCACCGGAACGCCCCUGCAAAACAACCUUAUGGAGCUCUGGAGUCUGCUCAACUUCCUAUUGCCCGACGUCUUCUCCUCGUCUGCAGACUUUGAGACCUGGUUCAGAGGCAAGGGAGAUGAAUCGCAGGACGUAGUCAUUCAGCAACUGCACAAGGUCUUGCGACCUUUCUUGCUUCGACGUGUCAAAGCCGACGUAGAGAAGUCCCUUUUGCCAAAGAAGGAAAUCAACAUCUUCGUCGGAUUGACCGAGAUGCAGCGCAAGUGGUACAAGAGCAUCCUGGAGAAGGACAUUGAUGCCGUCAAUGGCGGUGGCGGCAAGAAGGAAGGCAAGACGCGCUUGCUGAACAUUGUCAUGCAGUUGCGAAAGUGUUGCAAUCAUCCCUACCUCUUCGACGGAGCUGAGCCUGGACCGCCCUUCACUACCGAUGAGCACUUGGUGUUCAACUCGGGUAAGAUGAUCAUCCUCGACAAGCUGCUGAAGUCAAUGAAAGCCAAGGGCUCACGAGUCCUCAUCUUCUCGCAAAUGAGUCGUGUCCUCGACAUCAUGGAGGACUACUGCUUCUUCCGUGACUACCAAUACUGCCGAAUUGACGGAUCCUCAGCUCACGAAGACCGGAUUGCUGCCAUUGAUGACUACAACAGGCCAGGCAGCGAGAAGUUCAUCUUCCUCCUCACCACCCGAGCAGGUGGAUUGGGCAUCAAUCUCACUACCGCCGACGUCGUUGUCCUCUUCGACUCCGACUGGAAUCCCCAGGCCGACCUCCAGGCCAUGGACAGAGCUCACCGAAUCGGUCAGACGAAGCAGGUCUAUGUCUUCAGGUUUGUCGCUGAUAAGUCGAUCGAGGAGAGAAUCCUGGAGCGAGCAGCUCAAAAGCUGCAGCUGGACAAGCUGGUUAUCCAGCAGGGUCGGGCUCAGCCUGGCAAGAGUGCCCAGAACAAAGAUGAGCUCGUCGACAUGAUUCAGCACGGCGCCGAAGAAAUCAUCAACUCCAAGAAUGCAGUCACAGUAGAUGAGGACAUUGAUGCCAUCAUCAAGAGCGGAGAAGAGCGUACCACUCAGCUCAACGACAAGUACAAGUCGUUCAACCUGGACGAGCUCAACAGUUUCAAGGGUGGUGAGACGGCCUAUAAUUGGGAAGGUGAGAACUUCCAACGACCUGGUGGGUCUGGGUCAGGAAGCGGGCGACUGCCCCUAUGGAUUGAGCCCUCCAAGCGAGAAAGGAAGAACAACUACUCCGUGGAUGCCUACUUCAAGGAGGCCAUGCGGGUCGGGCCAUCGAAGCCUGCCAACAAGACGCCCAAGCCUCCUAAGCAGACUAGCGUCAAUGACUGGCAAUUCUUUCCGCCCCGAUUGGCUGAGCUACAGGCGAGGGAGACUGCUGCUUAUCAGAAGAGCAUCAACUACAAGGUCCCCUCGCGCGAGACCAAGGAGGGUGAGAGCCCUGAAGACGUAGAGCAGGAGCGUGAAAAGGAACAAGCUUUCGUCGAUCAGGCUGAGCCUCUGACGGAAGAGGAAGAGCAGGAGAAGGAGGAUCUCGCGACGCAUGGCUUUGUUGACUGGACCCGUCGUGACUUCCAGCACUUCAUCCGCGGUGCUGAAAAGUUCGGCAGGUCAAAGUAUGCAGACAUCGCCGGCGAGAUCGAGACGAAGACAGAGAAGGAGGUGCGCGAAUACUCGAAAGUCUUCUGGGACAGGUACACCGAGGUACCAGACUACCAGCGCCUGGUGGAGCGCAUCGAUGCCGGAGAAGAGAAGCGCAAGAAGGUCGCACACAGUGAGGAGCUGCUGCGCAAGAAGGUCGGAACAAACGGAUUCCAAAUCCCAUACGCCAAUAGCAACAAGAGCAAGACCUUCGACGAAAACGAGGACCUCUUCAUCUUGCAGCGUCUGGCCGAGUACGGGCUCAAUGAUGGAGAAGUAUACGACAGGAUCAAAAAGGAUAUCGCUACCUCGCCUGGUUUCCGCUUCGACUGGUUUAUCCGCUCACGCACGCCUGCCGAGCUGUCCAGACGUUGCACCACUCUACUGGGUCUGUUGAACCGAGGGGACGGAGCCGAGGAGAUCAAAGGCGGUGCUACAGUCAAUGGAGGCGCAGGUGGUGAAAAGGGCAAAGGUGGCAAGAAGAGGAAGGACUUAGACGUCAAUGGAGGUGGCAGCGGGGCUGGAAGCAGCCGAGCUUCUACUCCGGCCGGAGCGGCAAGGGGCAAAAAGGCCAAGAAGGCGUGAGGUAGACAUGGCGGUUGCUGUAGUAGCAGUGAGCGGUGAUCAGCUGCGU